GUGCACUCGGGGCGCAGCGCGGCGCUGGACGGGGCAGCUGUCCUCUGAUCCACCCCUGCCUCCUCACUCUGUGGCCAUGAGAGCUGCCUACCUCUUCCUGCUGUUCCUGCCUGCAGGCCUGCUGGCUCAGGGCCAAUAUGACUUGGAUUCACUGCCCCCGUACCCAGACCACGUCCAGUACACCCACUACAGCGAUCAGAUAGACACCCAAGACUACUAUGAUUACCAAGAGGUGAGCUCUCGGUCCCCGGAGGAGCAGUUCCAGUCCCAGCAGCAGGUUCAGCAGGAAAUCAUCCCAGCCCCCACCCCAGAGCCAGGAAACACAGAGACGGAGCCAACUGAGCCUGGGCCUCUUGACUGCCGAGAGGAGCAGUACCCAUGUACCCGCCUCUACUCCAUCCACAAGCCUUGCAAACAGUGUCUCAAUGAGGUCUGCUUUUACAGCCUCCGCCGCAUGUACGUUGUGAACAAGGAGAUCUGUGUCCGCACGGUCUGUGCCCAUGAGGAGCUCCUCCGAGCUGACCUGUGUCGGGACAAGUUCUCCAGAUGUGGUGUGAUGGCCAGCAGUGGCCUGUGCCAAUCUAUAGCGGCCUCCUGUGCCAGGAGCUGCGGAGGCUGCUAGGGUGGAGCUGGCGUCCUGAGCCCUGGGCCCUGCACAGACCCUGCUUCAGGCCCUGCCUGACUGGUGCUUUCUCCCCAUCCCAUCUCCCUAUUCUGUAAAGCUGGCAGACUGCAGGCCUGGGGGGUGCAGGCUCUGGCGCCCCAAGCACCUCCCCCAGCCUGUGGCCACCCCUGGGGUGCAACAGAGGCUCCUACUGCCCAGGCUCUGCCCCGUGAGCAGGGGGCACCCAAGGCCUCUCCAUGGGACACAGGUCUCUGACGUGCCUUCUCAUCCCCCUAGGACAGUCCCCGAGGCAGGCUAUGCCCCUCACCCAGCUGGUCUGCCUGGAUUUCCUAUAGCUCCCUGGGCAUGGAUCACCUUUGUUUUAUACAAAAUUAAAAAUAAGUUUUUACAAAAGA